GGGGUAUGCCUUUCGAGGUAUAAAGUGACGUUAGCGAUUGCACCACCUUUUCCCGUGUACCAUUUGCUCUUCUCCUUCUCCUCGCCUUCUCCUCUAGGCCUUCCUUUUCUCCAAGCCAUUAUGUCCUCCACGAUAAGUACUCCCCAGCAAUCUCUCAUAGAGUCUCCUCAAGAGGCUCUAAAGGACACAUCCGUUGGCCACCCCUUCAGUCCCAUCCCAAUCUAUAUAAGCAGCGAUGACGACGGUACUGAAAGUGACAACGAUUCUAUUGCUUCUAGAGUAGAGAGAGAUCUUCGUAAUCGACAACACAUGGAGCGCGGCACUUGCGAUCCUGAGCGUCGCCAGAAUAUGCGCACCGAGGUCGGCUCACAAAGCCCCAGGACCAACAUUAAGCCCCAGAGAAGGUCAUAUGUAAGGAGUAGACGCUCUCAUGAUCUCUUCAGCGACAGGGCCAUUUACAUUUCCAAUUUCCCUCAGCCCGUCACCCUUGCCAUCUCUACAAACUGGCACACGACAGAUAGGGAAAUUGACCAAAACACAGACGACGACAAGUCCACUACCGAUUCGAUGACCACUGUAAAUGCGGUCGACGACCCUCGAUACCUUGCCGAGGUAGCGGCCAACAUACUUAUGGAGCUGGCUGACGCUGCUGAGAUGAAACGAAUGACAUGUUCCCAGCCAUCAUACACGUCAUUCCAAUGUGCAACCGAGGGAUCCUUCCCAGCAUCAGAAUGUCCGCACCUUCAACCCUCUGUCGGUGUUUCAACAACUCAGAAAAGAGCAAUGCUCGCCGGACGACCUUAUUAUCCAUGGGAUCAAUUACUUGUGGAAGAUCGCGAGAGAUGCUCUCGCGCUUGUCGCCGUUUCUCUCUGCUCGAUCAGCCGGGUCCGGCUUUUCGGAUGAUUUUUGAACACCAGCAACAGACAUGGACUCCACAGUUACAAAUACGAAGUGGGAGAAUUGGAAACAAGGUCGCCGUGGAGCCCCCUUUCGCAUGCGACUACGGAUACAACAUAUCCAUUGGGCGCAAUGUGAUUAUCAGCCGGAAUUGCACAAUCAACAACGCCGGUCGAGUCACUAUCGGGGACAAUUGCUUCCUCGGGCCCAACAUCUCUAUUCUCACGCUUCUACCAACCGACUCCAAGAGCCCCAGGACGAGUCAUAACCUGAUAACAGCUGCGGAGUGCCUUUCUGCCGGCCAAUCCUCCUCGUCGACUCCUCACAAGCCCGACAACAAGCCGAAUACGACUGAAGGCCUACUUGUUCGUUUUGGCAUACAAGAUCCUGCUCGACCGCAUUGCCAUCAGGGCCUCGCUGUGUCGUCAUUCAUAGGAUCCCUGACGAGUACCCUUUCUUUGGAGGCCAACGACAAGGAUAUCAGCGAUGACGAGAUCAAAGAUAACAGGGCAAACGACAACGACGACACCAGUACCGAUCUCAGUACUAGCGACAACGUCUUGGCACCUGAAGACGCGAGUGACGAAUACGAUAUUGCCGAUAUCCCACCACUCGACGAUGCCUUUGAUAGGGAUGUGGGUGAUCGGAACCCAACCAACGAGGGAGAGAAAGCAGACGGAGAGCCCGUUAUCUAUAACACAAGCACGGACGAUGAAGCCCUCAACUUCGACCCGAAUGACUGUACCGACGCUUCCAGUACCCUCAAUCCCACCAUGGUCACUCUCGACAGCCGGGAAAGCAUUAUCACCGAGAUUACUGCACUCCGCGAUCGGCUUACUCAACUUGAAGCCAAGAUCAACUCAGGCUCUCAUAUUUUACAAGGCACGAAUCCAUUAGGGAAACGAAAGCAGAUCGCCUCACAACACGAGCCUACUUGCAGGGGGUCGAUGUAUCGGAAAGCUGGGUGUAUUCAUGGCAGCGUGGGCGUGGCGCUCGCUGUUGGGUCAGAGAGGUGGGAGCGGGGAAAAGGGAGGAGGUUGACGGGGGAUACCUAA